UUGCAGUCUCUCGUCUAAACCUAUCUCACUUGGAUUAGUUCUGUAACAAAGGAUAGGAUGGCAUCCGCGACCAUCGACCGCUAUCGCAAGGGUGCGGAGGUCUACAAGGGAGACUCCAUAUGCAAGAAGAAAUCGAUUGAGCUACUCGCCGAGCUCCGCCUUCCCAAGGGUCUCUUCCCUCUCGACAACGUCGAGGAGUUCGGGCACAACCGCGAAGCCGGCUUCGUAUGGUUGAUCCAGAAGAAGAAGAAGGAUCACACCUUCAAGAAGAUUAAGAGGCAGGUGUCGUACGCCCCCGAGGUGACGGCCUUCGUGGAGGAAGGUAAGAUGAAGAAGAUGACGGGGGUGAAGACGAAGGAGCUCCUGCUGUGGCUCUCGAUCGUCGAGAUGUACGUCGACGACCCAUCAUCGGAGAAGAUAACCUUCAAGACCGGCACUGGGCUGUCGGACAGUUUCCCGAGAGCUGCCUUCGAGCUGGAGCAGUGAGGCAGGGAAAAGAUGGGCGGGCAUUCGAAGCACCUUAAUUAAUUAUAUUUUGAUGUAUUGCUGUCACAAAUAAGUGUGGUGUAAUUUGGAUAAUAAAUAUGGCGUGAUUUGGAGUA